UUUUUUUUUUAUUUCUUCACCCCCCUCCUCUUCUUACAUUCUUCAAUAUAGAAUCAUGCAUUCUGUUCGAGCUAUUCUUCGACAGACCACCAAGGUCCCUUCUACUCGACGAUUCCUCCACUCUUCUCCUGCUGUCAAGUCAGACGCGUUGUUUAUUCAUCGUGAUACACCUGACAACAAUGCUAACUUAAAGUUUGAAUUCAAUAAGGAAAAUCAACAACGUGUACAAGAAGUUUUGAAAAAGUACCCUCCUCAAUACAAAAAGGGAGCCAUCAUGCCUUUGUUGGAUCUUGGACAACGACAACACGGAUUCACCUCUAUCUCUGUUAUGAAUGAAGUUGCUCGUAUUUUGGAAGUACCUCCUAUGCGUGUAUAUGAAGUCGCUACCUUUUACACCAUGUUCAACAGAAACCCUGUUGGAAAACACUUUUUGCAACUUUGUACAACAACUCCUUGUCAAUUGGGUGGUUGUGGAUCUACCAAGAUUUUGGAAACUUUAACAAGUGAACUCGGUAUUCAACCUGGAGAAACAACCAAAGAUGGCAAGUUCACUUUGGUCGAAGUCGAAUGUGCUGGUGCCUGUGUCAAUGCUCCUGUGAUGGCCAUCAAUGAUGAUUAUUAUGAGGAUCUUACUCCCGAAACUACCAAGAAACUUUUGGAUAACUUGAAGGCUGGUAAACCUGUAACACCUGGUCCUCAAUCUGGUCGUCAUACCUGUGAAUAUGCUCCUGGUGUUUAUACUACUUUGAAUGAAGAACCUUAUGGUCCUGGUUUCAAGAUUCGUGAUGAUUUGUAAAGAUAUUUCCCUCCUCUCUCGUUUCUAUUGUCGCAUCAUCCAUACACAUCCAUCCUUAUCACAAAUAUCAUGAUUCUCUCUCUCCCUUUUUUUUUUUUUUUUAUUUAUUUAUUCUU